AUGGCCCGCAGAUUGCAAUACCUGAGACUGAAACCAACAAAAGGCAAACAACAGUCUCUCUCUCUUUCCCCUCUUCCUCCACUCGGCUCCAUUCAACAGGCAGCUGGGGUGAGUCCGCUCACUCCAGCAGCCUGGAAUGUUUGUCCUCUUUUAGACAAUCUCAGGAGCAACCGACCAAAACGAAGGACGGCGCUAACCGCUCGGGAACCGGCGGUGGGCAUCGUCGCACUCAGCGAGACUCGAUUCUCCGAACAGGGCCAAUUGGAGGAGGUGAACACUGACGGCACCUUCUUCUGGAGCGGUCGCUCCAAGGCGGAGGCGGGCGUCACCUUUCCCAUCCGGAGCGGCAUCUUGGGACGCCUGUUCUGUCUGACACAGGGCAUCAACGACUGCGCGAUGAGCGUCCGCCUGCCUUUCCGGGGAUGCGAAUUCGCCACCAUAAUAAAUGUAUAUUACCCUUACAAUGACCAGCCAUGACACUGCAAGGAACAAACUCUACAAGGAACUGCACGCUUAACUGGCGACUGUGCCAAAGGUGGCUAAGUUUGUUGUUCCUGAGGAACUUAAAGGUCGCGUCGGCACUUACCAUGCUGCCUGGAGAGGAUUGCUGGGUCCCCGUGGUCUCGGUGGCUUAAAUGCUAUGGGGCUGCUCCUUCUGCGAAGCUGCGUGGAGCACCGCCUCGUCUUAACUAAAACCUUCCGCCUUCCGAUGUGGGGGAGAAGGCGACCUGGAUGAACCCUCAGUGGCGACACUGGCGCCCGCUGGAUUAGGUGCUCGUCCGGAGGCGAGACCAGCGGGACCUGCCGGUGAUAAAGUCGAUCCUAGAUACUGACGGGUGAACUGGCCACUGCCUCUUCAUCUCCAAGAUGAGGAUUCGCCUACAGCCUUGCAGGAGAUACUAAGGUAAGUGAUUAUUAGGUACAGUACAUGAUCUAUCCCAUGAAAUCUGAUAACGGAAGCUGAUGCGAGAAUUUUUGGGCGUCUUUAACGUUGCGCCUUUUGUUCUCUCAUCAACGGCCUUCAAAAAAUGUCCUUUUCUUGUGCAGAAAUUGUGUUUAUGUAAUUAUAUCAAGUAAAAUAUCAGCAAAAUUUUAACGAAAAUGGACGUCGGAAUAUAUUCGUACAAUUUCCUAUGAUAAUACAUGACGUAGACUCCGGUUACGCAUCUGAGCGACAUUUCAUUGAAAGGAUAGUAAUGUACCCGCGGGAGUUUUAACAACCAAAUUUAGCCGAACUUGAAAAUUCAUUUUAUGUACGAUGUUAACCGUGGCAAUCAACCUGCGAACACGACGGUUAUUUUAAGAAAACCAGAGAUUUUAUCAAUUCCUAACUGUCAGAUUAGCAGCUUUGUGCGAUUUGGUGCGUUAAAGUUCAGUAAUAACGCAGAUAGGGAUUCCUUCGUUUAAAUAGGCUAACAUUGUUUUGCCGUUUGGAAAAUUUUACCUGACGUCGCAUAAAUGACCACCACCGAAUGGUCAUUUCCAGUUUUGAGCAUAUGAAACACCACUUGUCGUAUCGUUUAGUUUCUGUGAAUACUUAUUUAAAAAUAGAAUGAGGAAAGCAUUAAUAAUUUCAGCAAAAUACCGGUAUUUAUAUGGACGCUCUGCCGUUCAAACAUAAUCCAAGAACAGGGUCCAAAAGCGAGCAUAAAAUAGUGGAAAUGGAAGGCAUGUUCUUACGGUUGCAUUAGAGAAAAAAACAGUAUUGUUUAGAUACAUAAGCGAAACGACCAAAAGUGUCAAAUUUUUACUUGGUCUCACCGUCCAAAAAUACAAAGUUCACAGAGAUCCGUCAACGGAGUGCAGUAACAAAACAAGUUUAAAGAGAUAGAUUUUAAAGGAAAGUUUUCUCAUUGAUCAAAGGAAUAUUCCUUGCUGACUUUCGCUGUGGACAGCCCUGUUUCUCGAAAAUGAAGUUUGAUGUUUGAAUUAGUCAUCAAAUGUGACCCAAACGACCAUUUUCGUAAAAAGGAGCGUCCGAACACUCACUUUUUCGAUAUGUGCUUUCAAGAAUAAUCUUAUUUUAAAGUUCUCAACAGACAGGUAUUUCAAGAUCUGUUUUUAUGGACGAUCGGGUGAAAACACUGAAAAUCAUGAAGUAUUCAGCAACAUUUCGAGGCCGAUCUGAAACUUGACGUAAUAAAAAACGAAGGAAAAGUGUAAAUUAAUUUAAGGGAAGGAAAGUUCUCUUUAUAAACACAAAAUGGUAUAUUUACGAUCACGCCUGUUAGUUCCAUUGAAAUUUAUUAGGCACCGACUGGCCUGACAGCAUGUCGCCUUAUGAAAACGUUUGUUCCUACGACGUCCCCACCGGUGAAAUCAAGGAAAAUCCAGUUCUCUUGUUGAAUCCCAUCUCAUUAAACUAAAACGAGUCAGGGAUAACAGGAAUCCCUGGAAAACUGUUUUGGAAUCUACACUAAGAAGGUACGCAGUUGCCAAACCGUCAUAUAUGAAAUCACACAAAUUAUUAAACGAUAUUUAGUCGUAAACAUUAUCAAACCACUAUUCUGAGACGGUAUUUUAUUUCUGCUUUCAUUUUUACUACGUUUUUGGUAUGAGAAUACAUUCUAUACAUAUAAAAACGAAGUUUACUAAAUAAGAGCCAUUUCUGGCGUUUUCGGGUUAUUGCACUUUUUACAAUAAAUCGACAUUUCUAAACAACGCAACACUGCCUUCAAUAUUUCUUUUAUGUUUUUAAUUCUAAAAAACUUGUUUUUACUCAAUAUAGACAUCGGACUCAUUAAAUGGUGUCAGUUUGCGAGUGAUUGGCAAUCAUUCGUUAAUUUCGAUACAUUUCAUGAGUUGCAUCACUAACUGUAAGUUGAAUACCGUUUUCAUGGAUGUGCCUGCUCACCAUCUCAAUUGCAGCAACAAGCUGACUGAGAAGCUAGUCAACGUUUCUCUCAGCUGCGAGGACGCCUCCAUGAAACGGCUGCUGUCUCAGUCUUCCCUUUCUUUGCCUGGCUACCUCCGGCAGUGUGGGCCCAGCCGGUACAGGAGUCCAUGUGUGAUGAGAACCGACGAGGUCAAGGCAUGUCAAGAAAACCUAUGGCCCCGAAAUAGCAAACAAAUAAAUGCCUACUGAGGUAAAUACAGUAGGUAGCAAAGCGUAGUAAGCCGUUUUGCGAUCGGGCAGACGAUCGAUUGUGACCAGUUACCCCAGAGGAUAGGCAACUGAGGGACACAGUUUGGUCAACGACCCUGGAUUUUCUCGGUCUUGCAAAUCAACAACACCAGGGCUGGUUCGACGAUAACGACGUCGUCAUCAGCACUCUGCUCGGCGAGAAGAACCGCUUGCACAAAACCAACGCCAUCUACGACAACAAAGCAGAAUUCUAUCGCAGUCGCCGCCUCCUGCAACAGCGGUUGCAGGAAAUACAGGACGCCUGGACGGCUUGCAAGGCUGAGAAGAUCCAAGGGCAUGCUGACCGAAACGAAUGGAAGAACUACUCAGCGAUCAAGACUGUCUACGAUCCAGCAGCCAAAGACGUCGCUCCACUUCUCAGCGCCGACGAAACUGCCCUGCUCAUUGAGAAGGCGCGAAUUCUGGAGCGCUGGGUUGGGCACUUCAGUGGCAUAUCUAUCUUUACUCUACCUUCGGGGAUUUGA